AUGUUCAGCAAGAGAAGGAAAUCAAACAGAGCUGAAUACCCGAUUCCGGCGCCGGCGCCGGCGCCAGCUUCUUCAACCGCACCUCCGCCGCCUCCAUGGAUCGAACUGCCGGAGGAUUUGACGGCGAAUAUCCUGCAAAGGUUGGAUGCUGAGGAGAUAAUUAUGAGCGCGAUGCUAGUGUGCAGUACGUGGUGGAGAGUCUGCAAGAAUCCCUCCAUGUGGCGCGUUAUCGAUUUGGACUAUCGUCGUUGCCAGCAUCCCGACGAUUUUGAUGACAUUCUUAGCGCAGUGGAUUUUGGCAUCGUUUGGCGUAGCGCAAUGGAUCGCAGCCAGGGACAAUUGGUCGAGCUAAAGCUCACCUAUUUGGAAUCAGAAGAUGGGAUUCUAAACUACAUCGCCGAGCGAUCAAGUCAGCUUCGAUGCCUUACACUUGAAAGAUAUUUCGGAAGGGACCAUGUUGCUUGGACCGAUGCAAUAAAAAAAUUCACACAACUGGAAGAGUUGCACUAUAUUAUGAUGCCAGAAUUCGAUAUCAAAGAUUUUGAAACCAUCGGCACCUCUUGCCCCAUGUUGAAAUCAUUUACAUAUAAUGAAUCAUGGUGUGAGCAGUCAGAAGAGGAGGAUGAUAUCGAUGAUGGUGUAAGAUUCUCCAUUCAGUAUGGUGUUGCAAUUGGAAAAACCAUGCCUAAUCUGCGUCAUCUCAGAAUUUGGGCACUGGAGACAAGGAACGAGGGACUGGAAGCAAUUCUCAAUGGCUGCCCCCACCUUGAGUCACUCGACCUUCGGAGAUGCUAUGGUCUUGAUCUAGAAGGAGAUCUGGGUAAAAGAUGUUGUGAGCAAAUAAAACAUCUGAAGCUCCCUUCUGAUUGUGCCAGUGAUCUUGAGGUUCGACUCAAAAGUUUCGAAGAUAUUUUUUGGGGAUUCUGAGGAAAGUUGAUGUCUGAUUUAUUCAAUUUCGACUUCUAUUAUUAUGAUGUUUGUGGAGGUUUUCUUGGU